UUUUUUGCCUGAGGUGUACGAGCCUCGCGAUAGUGUUUGCACAAGCGAUGCGUGACGCCUAAUGCAAAGGUUACACACACAGGCUACUUCAAGACGCACUGCAGAGGUAUAGGGAGUAGCUUGAUGAGUGUCCAAAGUAACAGUGGAAGUGGUGGAAGUUUGGAGGGGACGCCAUCUUGGUCCCGGCUCUCCACGUCCCCAACACCGGGCUUGCUUUCUCAGCAACAUAUCACGGCACCUGUGAAAACCAAGGAAGGUGCGAUGGACGAGCUCCACAGCCUUGACCCCAGGCGACAGGAGCUGCUAGAAGCCCGGUUCACCGGUGGGGUGAGCGGCAGCACGGGGGGCAGCACAGGAAGCGGCAGCGCUGGAGCGAAGGCCUUGACAAACAAUGAAUGUUCGAAUCACAGCUUUGGAAGUAUUGGUUCCCUAAGUGAUAAGGAGUCGGAGGGCUCAGAUGUGAAGAGGGGGAGCUCUCCGGCAUAUUCAACUCCUGAAAAGAAGCUCUCUGAGUCCUCAAGAGGAAGAAAAAGGAAGGCAGAAAAUCAGACAGAAAGCAACCAAGGAAAAGGUGUACGUGGGCCCAAAAUCAGUGAUUAUUUCGAUUUGCAGGGAGGGAAUGGAUCCAGUCCAGUGAGGGGCGUGCCUCCUGCAAUCCGCUCGCCUCAGAACUCGCACUCACAUUCCACUCCCGGCUCCAAUAUUAGACAAAAUAGCCCGUCCCCUACUAGUCUGACUUUCGUGGACCAUAUGGUAGUACAUCCAAAACAGUUAUCCAUAAAAUGUGUUCAGACGGACCUGACAGUGCUGAAGUUAGCUGCCCUUGAAAGUAAUAAGAAUUUGGACCUAGAAAAAAAAGAAGGGAGGAUAGAUGAUUUGCUUAGGGCAAAUUGUGAUCUCAGGAGACAAAUAGACGAACAACAGAAAUUACUUGAAAAGUAUAAGGAACGCCUAAAUAAAUGCAUCACCAUGAGCAAAAAAUUGCUGAUUGAAAAGAGUACGCAGGAAAAGCAGGCAUGUAGGGAGAAGAGUAUGCAGGACAGGUUGCGACUUGGCCAUUUCACCACAGUCCGGCAUGGGGCUUCGUUCACAGAGCAGUGGACAGAUGGCUUUGCCUUUCAAAAUCUUGUAAAGCAACAGGAAUGGAUAAAUCAACAGAGAGAGGAAAUUGAAAGGCAGAGAAAGCUAUUAGCCAAGAGGAAACCUCCAACGACAAACAACUCUCAGACCCCAACCACAAAUUCUGAGCCAAAGCAGAGGAAGACCAAGGCAGUGAAUGGUGCAGAGAACGAUCCUUUCCUCAAACCCAGCCUACCUCAGCUGUUGACAGUAGCUGAGUACCACGAACAGGAAGAAAUCUUCAAACUCAGACUAGGUCAUCUCAAAAAGGAAGAAGCUGAAAUCCAAGCUGAACUUGAACGUCUUGAGAGAGUCCGCAAUCUUCAUAUACGGGAAUUGAAAAGAAUAAAUAAUGAAGAUAAUUCCCAGUUUAAGGAUCAUCCCACUUUGAACGAGAGGUAUCUAUUAUUGCAUCUUCUGGGAAGAGGAGGCUUUAGUGAAGUAUAUAAGGCCUUUGACCUGUUUGAACAACGGUACGCCGCAGUGAAGAUCCAUCAACUCAAUAAAAACUGGAGAGAAGAGAAAAAGGAAAACUAUCACAAACAUGCCUGUCGGGAAUAUAGAAUUCACAAGGAGUUAGAUCAUCCUAGAAUAGUGAAGUUGUAUGACUAUUUCUCUCUGGACACUGACACGUUUUGUACAGUGUUAGAAUACUGUGAAGGCAAUGACUUAGACUUCUACUUGAAACAGCAUAAGCUAAUGUCUGAGAAAGAAGCCAGAUCAAUUGUCAUGCAGAUUGUGAAUGCACUACGAUACCUGAAUGAAAUCAAGCCACCUAUCAUACACUAUGAUCUUAAGCCAGGUAACAUCCUGCUUGUUGAUGGGACAGCCUGUGGCGAGAUCAAAAUUACAGACUUUGGUCUAUCCAAAAUCAUGGACGACGAUAAUUAUGGUGUAGAUGGGAUGGAUUUAACAUCACAAGGAGCUGGCACCUACUGGUACCUGCCCCCUGAGUGUUUUGUAGUUGGCAAGGAACCUCCCAAGAUCUCCAACAAGGUUGAUGUGUGGUCUGUCGGAGUCAUUUUUUUCCAGUGUCUGUAUGGAAGAAAGCCAUUUGGCCACAACCAGUCUCAGCAGGAUAUCUUGCAGGAAAACACAAUAUUAAAAGCUACUGAAGUUCAGUUUCCGGUCAAGCCAGUUGUUAGCAGUGAAGCAAAGGCCUUUAUAAGACGUUGCUUGGCAUACCGAAAGGAGGAUCGGUUUGACGUUCACCAGCUGGCUAGUGAUUCCUACCUUCUUCCUCACAUGAGGAGAUCAAAUUCUUCAGGGAAUUUGCACAUGGGAGGCUCAGGUCCUCCUGUGCCUCCCUCUUCGAGCAUUAUUUCCUACUGAGGAUCUCUCCUGGCGACUGAAGUCUGGUGUGAUGUUCUGAGCAGCUUUCUCCUGCUGGACGUGGGAGUACGUGUAGGAAAAGAGUCGCCUGUGCGUGUUUGAAAUGUCUGGGGCCCCGGCAGUAGUUUUGGGAUUUGAGAAGAAUGGGACUGCACUAGCCCCCUGCUUGUACUGCACUGAGGUGGAUUCAGGUGACUCCACAGAAGAGGGGGAAGGGGGCGACAUUGGUUUCAAAGCUGAGGACGUUUCGCAGGUAAAGAACUCUAGAGCACUGCGAUAAAAACAGCCUGACAUGGGACUAGUAACUUGAAUUCUGUUGCUGGUUGGUUGAACAGUGCCGGAUAUGGCACAAAAACUUGACACAGGAGGCAAAAGGGAGAAGUGGCAGUCUGCAGUUUAGAUUAAGUGAAAUUAAGCCUGCCUGGACAUGAAUGAUAGAACUGCUAGAGUUUAUUUAAUGAACUGUUGUCCCGUAGUUUUGACUGCAUAAUUCUAGUUCAGUAGCAUUUCCUUUAACAUCAUGGCGGUUGUGUUCUUGUUGGUUUCUAACAAAAGCACUUGCUUUUAGUUUGUAUUCUUGGGUUUCAGCCAUUAAAUAGCCAUGGGACUUACCUGAUAAAAUGUGAGUGAGCAGGUUACAGCUGGCAUUAUUUAUGCCCAGGCAGAAUCAUAUUUGCAGAAUGCACAGAAAGUAACCAAAUGUUGACAAACAGCAAUGUACAGUAUCCUAUGCAGGAUGAUUUUAAAAAUCCCUCUUAGAAAACAACAAUUGUAUAUUUAUUGUACAGAUUUCAAUUUCAGUUAUUCUUAAAUUUCAGCAGUUAAAUUCUGUACAAAGUGUUAAAAAGAAAUCUGCUUUUUUUUCUUACUGGAAAUUCUUUUUUAUGUCUCCUGGAUUAUUUUCAUUUGCUGCUAUUGAUGUUGCUUUUAUUUUUAAUAAAGCAGGCUGUAUGAUCUACUUGAGGUACAAAUUGUACAGUUAAAAAAAAUAACAAAACCAAGGCAUGUUAUAACUGAUUUAUUAGGGGACAAUUCUUAAAAAGUAAGAGGCCAUUGUGCUUUUUGGCAAAUAGGCUGUUUAGGUGUCUGUCCUAGGUGAUCAUUCCCUUAGAGGUGGCGAUAUCCAGCUGCCUGCUGGGAAAUUAUGCUGUAGUUUAAAGUGUCUUGUAUGGCACCUCUUCAGUCUGGCACUAAUAAAGUUUAGUACUUUUUCUUCUUAAUCUGCUAAGAAGCCAUUGCUGUGAAAUUACAAAGAAUGCCUUGUCCAGCACAAUCCAGUAACUCUGUACAUGGUAAAUCUGUUCUGUACAUUAUCCUCGUCGAUGUCAUGUCCAUGAUACUGAAUGAGUGCUUGUUUGUAAUUUCUGCAAAGGUGAUCCUGUUGCUGCAGGGUUCACUUUAAUGUUCAGAAGAUAAGCUUUUGCUAAUGUUUUUGAUGUUGCAAGCUUUUUUUUCCACUGUACAUACAAACAGAAUAACUGUCUCUGAAGGUGCUGCUGAAAUUGUAGAGAAUGUAGCCAAAAGAGUAAUAAACAUUAAAAAAAAUUGAUUUUAAUACA